CUGGAUAAUAACAAAAAUAUCCAGUUUGUUACCGCCAAGUAAACUAGUAUAUUCCGACAUGAUGAUUUCAGACAGUCAGAAGAAAGGACUGCGGGAGUUACUUCUAAAUGACAAGAACUUAACUGUUCUGCUACAGUUGGCCAAAGGGGCCACCAAAAAUAUGUGCAAAACCGAAGACCCGGAGGAGGCCCUUCGUCUGAUCACUACACACAUUCCAGACAUUUACGUACUGCUUUCCAAGCGCGCUAUAAAAAAGGAACUCCUCUUUACGUAUUUGAGCAAUCGACGCGCUGACGCAGCCACAGACUUUAGCAAGGCAGACCUCAUAGCCAAGGUUAUACAGUAUUGGAAGCAGGAGCAUAAAUCAAGCAUAGAGCUUUCCGGAGACCAGACUUCCAGCUCACUUCAUAUUCAGAGCGAAGAGGAUUAUCCCAUUCACACGAUUGCCCGCAAGUUCGGCGAGUGGUUCUUCGAACGCUUCAACGCAGACGCCCUUAGUCUGGUGGAUUUAUGGGCAGAUGCGGCUCUACAUCUCACGAUCAUAGCCAGUGAUGGAAUCAAUGAGUGGGAGUGUACGACGGCUGCCGAGGUGUUAUCGGCACUAACGAGCGCUAAGCAGCAGUUUGACUUUUACUUUAAUCCAAACCUGACGCACGCCGGAAUUCAGGGUCGAAUGGACUCGUACGGACAUUUCUUAGUGAUCUGCUGCGGCACUCUGCACUCCCGUGAUAGCUGCGUCGGAAUCUUUGAAUGUGCCUUCGGGCUUUUUCGGGACCCCUUGGCUGACAACAACUGGAAACCCAAAAAAGUGAAGUGCUUCCUUAAAAGUGAAGCUCAGCCCCCAGAGCUGCACUAUCUGUGCUCGAGCGAAACUCUGCAGACAGCUCUGGAGCUGUCAGUACCCUCUGAUGACUUGAACUAGCGGACUGUUAUGUAUCAGCCCGUCCACAUGAAGUAUAAUUUCAAAAAGAACUGAAUACUUACUUGGACAGAACUAUAUUAAUCAAUUUGCUCUAUGAAUGUUCUACUUAAUAUACUCACGAGUUGAAACUGCAAGGCGUGGAACAAAUGUGUUGACUGCACAAACUGCAAAAUUAAAGAAAACAAAUUUAUUAAAGAAGUGUGGGUUAAAAAAUAUGAGCUGAAUCUGACAGUUAGUCACUCAGAUUUGAGCUUAUAUGCCUGAUACUUUCUUCGACCAACCGAAGAUACGAUUUUCUAUUUUACCAACUAAAUUCUUUUUGUUUACUAUUUAACAAAUUCAUAUUAUAAUCAUUGAGAUACUUUUAGGACAUCCAAUUUACGCAAGAAACUAUAUACAUUAAAAAAUUGUUAUU